GUUUUUACUAGAUUGUUUGGAAUAUCUAAAUAUAGCACUAUGCUAUAUAAUAAACUACAAGAAGUGUUCUAUUUACCAUUAUAGAUUAAAUCGAUUUUCCGUAACCUUGGGUUCCAAAGAUAUUUCGAAUUACGGAUUGUACCGUACCAGAGGUGGUCACAUUGGUCAACAUACGCAAAAUUAAACUAAUAUUAAAUCUAUUUGAGUAACUAAAAGAAAUACAGGUACCUGUACGUUGGAGUAAAUGAUACAAGUGUAUUAACUUGUAGCGUACGAGGUACCAGUAAAUUUGUCUGGUGGCCGAUGGAAUUUGAAGUUGCUGCUGGUAAAUAAGUGCAGUUUAUACGAGAUUCCAGACCAUCACUGUCAAUCUUGUACCUGUAUUUAUCGUGCUGUGGCGUUCAUUAUUCUAAUAUUAAAAUGACGAAGCAACGAUCGAAGUUUCGCUAUCACUGAACUUGUUAAAAAUAGUAAACAAAUCACCCUCAAAUUACACCCUGACGUCGUUUUAAAAUAAUUGAAGUUACACACGAAAUCUUUCUAGAUGCUAUUAAAAGAUGGGAUGGCCACGGUUGGUAUAGCAUGACUGACCUUGAUCAAGAUCGUUUCGAUCAUAGUUGACCGGGUAAGCAAACAACGACGAACUUAAGUUACAGUUGGAUUAAAAAGGCUUUCGUAUUUAUCAAUUGUUUCCAACUGGGUUUCUAGUACCAGCCUCUUCAGGAGGUUAACCUGUGUGGGGUGCCACCCACCCGUAUAACAGCUUCAACUCGAUUACAUAUUACCAGCUGCUCUCGUUGGUGACCUGACAAAACAAAAGAGAUAAGAACCUUGUACACGGCUUGCAGCAUGAAUACGCAAGAACAAAGCGACACUCGGGACUGGGAGUAAUAAGACUCCUGGAACUGGGAGAUCCCUACUUCUGGUCUGAACGCUCACGAAGAGAAUGAAAAGCUUCGACGGGUUUCUUUCAGCUUCCGUCUAUCAAAUCCACUCACAAGGCUUUGGUCAGCCCGAAGCUAUAGUAGAAGACACUUGCCUAAGGUGUCAUGCAGUGAGACUGAACCUGGAACCAUAUGGUUGACGAAAUACCUGUCUUGGAUAAGAAAUGAUUGUAACAAAAAGGUUUAUAUUUGACAUAAUUGAUAAAAGGACUGUCUCAAAAUUGAUGCCUAGUUACCGAUUAAAAAGUCAUUUGCAGAAGACUGAUCACCCGAAAGAAAUUCACCAAAAUCCAAUUUUAAAACUUCAGGAAUAUCUCCAAGAACCUCUUUUACAAGAUCAUUUAAUUUUCCAACCAAACCUCAAGGAAAUUCAGCAAGGAAUGACAUUAUUUGAACCACAUGGGAAAAAACACAAAGUAAAGUUUCUGAAAUCAGUAUUUGAUGUGAAAAAUCUUCCAGAUGAGAAAUUGCCUGAGGUUGCCUUUCUUGGACGAAAUUCAAUUUAGGGUCGAACAAAAUGUCUGAACUUUUAUGAACUGGAAAACACAUUUCGUUUAAUUGACAUGCCAGGUUACGGUUUCAACAUGCCUGAACAUUUCGUUGAAAGUGUGGAGAGUUACAUCAGUUCCAGAAGAAAUUUAACCCGAACAUUUUUACUGAUUGAUUCCAAAGUUGGAAUCUUAUCUACUGACAAAAUUGCUUUUAAAAUGUUUGAAGAAUUCAGUAUUCCUUACGUUAUAAUUUUAACGAAAAUAGAUAAAUGUCGACAUCAUUUACUUCUAAAGAAUUUGUUCUCCGUCCUUAAGACUCAAAACCAAAUCAUUUGUUUUCCUCAACCAUUUUUGGUUAGCUCUUUGACAGGUGAAGGAAUUCCUUUUUUACAGACUUUUAUAGCAUAUAUAACUGGAAACAUUGCAGUGAAAAGCUUGGAAAGAUAAAUAAUAAAAAUAUAUCAAUAAAAAAAAUAAACUAUAAUUUUGUAAGAAACAACA